AUGUACUGGCCGUUGCUCGUGACGCUAAUUUCGUUCGUCUGCAUCUUUUGCGUAAAAUAAAUGUGAAAUAUAAUUUUUUUUCAAAAAUUUCAAGUUCAGCAAAAAAGGAAACAAAGACAAAUAUCCGUAGAUGAUUCAAAAAGUGCUUCGAAACGUGAGUUUUGUCAGAGAAGUCAUAAAAUCAUUCAUCUGAAUUUCGUCUCCAUGUAUUCUGAUCGCGCCGGGGAAUGGAAAGAAAUGGAGACGUGUUAAAAUGAAAUAAAAAAGCCGAAUGGACUACUCGGACCUCGAUAACGGAAAACGGACGCUUUUUGGAUUUUCUGAGCAACUUUAGGGAUCUUUUUAGCGACGUCAUCUUACUUAAGUGGUUACUUGGAAUGCUCCGAAACGUCCGGAGCGCGUCCAGUUUGCGUUAUUCCAAAGUCCGAGUGCACAAAAAUCAUUCCAUUGAUUCAAAAUUGGAAUGUUUCCGGGUUCUCUGAAGUUCAUUAUAGAUAGAAAAUUAGAAGGAAUUCAUCAUUUAGUGACAAUCAAUACAUAAAAGUAAUAUCUGCAUUAUUUUCUGUCUCAAGUUUUUUGAGCGCUCUAAUUCCCACAGAACACUUUUUUUCAUUUUGAGGCGGCGUUUCGGGAAAAACAGGGCAAUCGCCGAAAUCGCGAACGCCCACCGGAAAGUCGCCAAAGGUUACAGGUGGAGCUGAUCCUUGGAAAGACUUCAAGUUGAAGGAGAAUAAGGACAAUGUCGAGAGAUUUUGAAUUCCCUAGUAACUAAAUGGAUUUCAGUCGUUUAUGGAUGAUGAUGAUGAUGACGAGAAUCCGUUAGCAAAAAAAGUCGGUUUUUUUGAAUUUAAAAAAAUAAAAAAAAUAAUUUCGGUUUCAGAAGGCCUCCGCCGGCCAAAACCAAACAAAGUGGUCAGUUAAAGAUUCAAAUUUGGAAUCGCACUUUUUUUUCAAAAUGAGUGGCAUUUUGGCUUCUAAUUAGCCUUUAUAAAAAUCUAAAAAGACUCAAAAAAUAAUUUUGACUUAAGAAAUUUUGAAAAUGACUCACAACUCAUUAUAUUCCUUUUCCUCUUGAAAUAAUAAUAACCCUGAAAAUUUACGAAUUUCAGAUCAGAACAGGAGCCAACACGGCUCUGCUCAGACCCGAUGAGAAGCGAAAUGGAAAUUCGGUUUAUGUUCGUACUAAAGCAAAAAAAAAAGAUGCGAUCGAAAAAUUUUACAGCAAUUCGAUUUGACAAAACCUGCGAGCGAGGGUAACAAAAAGGAGCAGGAAAAGAAAAAAAUAAGUAUUGAUAUUACCGGACCAAAACCAAAAGCAGCCAAAAAUGAGGUUGGUCUUUAUGUUUGUUUUUAUUAAACCUUGUUUCCUUUUGAAAAACAGUUUGUUCUUACAUUUAAAAUCGAGAACGAAAAUAAAAAAAAGCUCUAAAAAUAGGUUUUAUCGAAAAUUCGAAUCAAAAAAAAAGUAGUCCUCUAUCUCCCAAAAAUAACUGUUUCCAAAUACUUCCUUUUUUAAGUGGUGACUUGAUUUUUCGAACUCGGGCACAUAAUCAGUAAUUUUAGAACAGUUUUCAAGACGGAAAAAGCCAUGUUUGUCUGAAAUUACUAAUGAAAAAGGCUCUACAAUCUUUUAAAGUUCCAAAAAACGUUUCCUCUCAAUCAAAUCGUGGGGAGUUUGACCAGUAGGAGGCUCAAAGGUGAAUGAAAGCUAGAAGGUUUUGAGAAGACCUUGGAAAGGUAUUCAGAAGGUAGUUGGAAGAUUUUGGAAGGUAAGAAUUGGAAACGCCUGCCAGAAGCCUUCCAGCAGGCUUUUGGAAGAUAACUAGAGGUGUUGGGAAGCUGUGUGGAAGGCUUUUGACCAGCUGCUGGAAAGCUUUCAAACGCCUUUCGAGGAACCGAGAGCAGGAGCUUCUCAAUUUUUACCUGAAGAAGUAGCUUGGAAAGUUUCCACCACGUGGCUAGAAGCGUUCCAUACAGCUUCACCAUUUUUUACUUAUCCGCUAGAAGCCUUCCAGGAGGCAGAAUUUUUCAUUUUUUACCUUCCAUCUUAUCGGCAAAAGUUGGGAAGCUUCUGCUUUCGCUUCCUCGGAAGAGGUUUGGAAGCCUUCCAGCAAGUAGUCAAACGCCUUACAUAUAGCUUCCUAACACUUGCUCCUUAAAAAAGCCUUCCAAAAGCAUUCGAGGCUUCUGGCAGGUAUUCACCAUUUUCACCUUCAAAAUACCUUCCAGGUGGCUUCUGAAGACUCAAACUUCCAUUCACCUUCCAACCUCCUACCAUUUACCCUCCCAAAACCUCCCGGACUUGCCCGGUCCUACUAGUUCGCAACCAAAAAUGCCUCAUUCAAGGGCCUGAGAGAGACCUACGGCGCGAAAAGUGAGGCUACGGCGACUACUAUGGCUAACACGGCCAUGAAUCCAGUCUCCGCGAAUACCGUCUUGAAUACAAUGCAAUCAAAGUUAAAAUAACCAAAGUAUUCUCAAGGUUUGUUCCAAUCAUCGACACAAACCCAAAGCUUACACUUUCAGUUCCAUGA